UCUUCAGUCUUCAGUCUUCAGCACCCAGCGAGUUUGACUCAGUUAGAUACCCGCAAGAGAGUAUGCAUGAAUCUGAUAAAACAAGCCAAAAUAAAUAAUGUUCUGUAAACCACGUUUGCAGGAACAGGAAGAAAGAGAGGUAAAUAUUUUGACCCUUCUCUCUCUCUCUCUCUCUCUGUGUACAAAAUACAACUGAGUUUCUGACACACAAUUGAAGUCAUGCACACAUAAUCUUGUUUUAUGAACUCUAUUUUGAAGUGAAAGCACCGUCUAGAGACUCUCUCUCUCUCUCCUCUUCUGUACACUCACUCUCUUGAAUCUCUGGCUCUCUGCCACCUGCCUUCACUUGUCACUACUCACCUCACAAAUCAUAUUCUGCCUGCAGAGACUCUCUUUUUCUUUUUCUCUAUUUCUUUUGCUAAUAGUACUCCACACCACGCACUCUUUUGUUACUGUUACUGUCACUACUGCACUGUAGCACUCUGCAAAACCUUCACCAUCUCUCUCCUUUCAUGAACUCUGCAUCUGUUGUUGUAAUAUAUUACCCCACUUGGAACUUAAAUGAUGUUUCAUAAAUCUAACUAGACAAAAACUAUAACCCAUUGCCCUAGGAAACCCACCGUCACCUUUAUCAUUUGCUUGAGCCUUUCUUUUUCUCUAUCUGAAUAUUAAGGAAGGCAUGAGCCAUUAAAGGAACAACCCCAUAUCCUCAUGUAUUCAAGCUGCUUGUUGUUUGUUCGAUGAGUUGGGGUUGUGUUGAAUCUUGGUGGGGGGGUUGAAUGGGGUGUAUGUUCUCUCAAUUAGCUUCAAAGUUUGCAUUUUUUCCACCGACUCCGCCUACAUACCAGAUCGAGAAGCGUGAGAAUGGGAAGCUGGCGGUGGUUGCUUCUUCUUCUUCAAUGCCUAUCCCUGUUGCUGAUGACACUUCUUUGGAUAUCUUGUUGAUUGAUACUAAGCGUGGCAACAAGAUUGUGGCUUUCUACUUGAAAAACCCUUAUGCGAGACUCACUCUUCUCUACUCUCAUGGCAAUGCAGCUGACCUUGGCCAGCUUUAUGAUCUCUUUGUCCAGCUCAAAGUUAAUCUCAGAGUCAAUCUCAUGGGAUACGAUUAUUCUGGCUAUGGAGCCUCCACUGGCAAGCCCAGUGAAUCGAAUACAUACGCUGAUAUAGAGGCUGUUUAUCAGUGUCUUCAGACUGAGUAUGGAGUAAGCCAGGAAGACUUAAUUUUAUAUGGGCAGUCAGUUGGCAGUGGACCAACACUGCACUUGGCAUCUAAAUUGCCCAGGCUAAGGGGUGUAGUUCUGCAUAGUGGCAUCCUUUCUGGCCUUCGUGUACUCUGCCAUGUGAAAUUCACAUUUUGCUUUGACAUAUAUGCGAAUAUCAACAAAAUUCAGAAGGUGAAGUGCCCAGUACUCGUAAUACAUGGAACAGAAGACGAUGUAGUGAACUGGUUACAUGGAAAUAAACUGUGGAAAAUGGCUCGAGAGCCAUUCGAGCCCUUGUGGAUUAAAGGAGGUGGGCAUUGCAACUUGGAGCUAUACCCUGAUUACAUCCGCCAUCUUUUCAGGUUUAUUCAAGAAAUGGAGAACAUGAACACCAAAAUCCGCCUGAAUAAGAUUCGGCAAACUAUCCGAUUACCAUCAAGGUCCAAUAAUACCAAAUCAGUGUCAACAAACAGGUGCUGUUGGAUAAAAUGCUGGAGACCCAAAUGCCCAGAAUGCCCGAAACCCGUCUGCAGCAGCAUAAAAUGCUCCUGGAAACCAAAGUGCCCUUCAUGUUGGAUACCAAGCUGUGUAAAAUGUUGCCAGAUUCCAAAAUGCCCUUCAUGUUUGAGACCCUCCUGCUCCUGCUUAAAGUGUUUUAACUGGCGAUGUUGUGUCGAAACAAAGAGUCAGACAAACGGAAAACAGGGUGGUUAAUUUAAGGUGAUAACAAUGCCCGUGCCUGUAUAGAUUUGCUCAAACUUUUUUCUAACAGCCCUCUAAUCUUGUGCAAUACAGUACAAAACAAGAGGAAUUGAAGUAGUUAUCUGAUUAUCUGGAAAAAAAAAAAAAAAAAAAAAAGGAUAUUGGUGGGUUAUUAUUAUAACUGUAAUUUUAUAUGAUCUCCUUUGGAAAUUAAUUAUUCUGCAUUUGUGUUUUGCUAUCUUAAUGAGCAUC